AUGUCUGCGCAGAUUCCAUUAGCGGGGCGGAUCGCCAGGAACCGUCAACUAAAGCUCCUCGCUGCUCAAAGUCGUCAUCUUAGUGCGCGCUUCAACGCCAUCUUUGCUGACGCUGAUGUUCGAACUACACGCCUCAACAAUCGUCAUUUCGAAAGUUCGGUUUACUAUCCUCUGAGUGCGUCAUGUUCACUGCGUCUGGCGUCUGCUACCGCGGAGAGUUCAGCGGAGGCUGUAGAGCGAGUGCACGGCGCUGCUCUCUCUCUCCUGCACUCCACAACAGACCUGCGUCACAUGCUGCAGGCUGUGGACUCGGACAUAUUUGUGGAGUUCAACGCAACGCUGUGCAGCAUGAGCGCCAAGGCUGUCGUGCACCUUCUUCGGGCCUCCGACGGGGCUGCUUCUGCUGCUGCUUCUCCAGAGGCGCAAUAUAUGACGACUGUGACCGCUGAGCUCCCACUGACUGAUGCCGAGACAGCAGAGAUGAGAGCAAGAGGAACGCUCAACAGCGUCAGCAGCGACAUUGCUAUAUGCCGUGGCACUGGCAAUUGCCCGCGUGACGCGAUCAAGACAGGCUUUGCCCUCGCAUUGGCGGAGUUGGAUGAGUAUGCUGUGGAGGAACUGCAGAGCAGAGAGACAGAAGCAUGGAAUUUUCUGCGUAGCGUUCAACGCGACGCACAACGGCGAGACUGGGGCGGCACCUUCCUCUCGGCAUUUCUAUCCAGCUCGCUGGAUGACUCUCUGGGUGGGAAGUGGUGGCAGCCGUUUCGCAGAGAAUCUAGUUCGGCGCGUGUGGUGGCCCUCAUGAAGGAAAAGCGGCGGUCCCUCACUCUCAUCGCCACAGAUGCGAUGGAGAAUGAGACCCGCAUACCGCUGCCGCUCCAUCCUCCACCACUGGUGUUUCAGCGUGUGGCGAUGGGAAUUGACCAUGGUGUCACGCAGCUUCAAUAUGGAUUGCCGCUUUCGUGGCCCGGUCAUUGCGUUGUAAGCUCCGCUCUCAUGCAACUCUGCGCUGCGUUGAAUGUGGGCGUUUCUGACACAAACGCUACCGCUCAUGAAAUGACAGGAUUGACGGGAUUAGAGGGUGGCUCCUUUCCUGCUGUUCGGGCUUUCCUUGAUAUGCGUGGCGUCCUUCCCAUAGUAGUGCCCUUCUCCGUUGAGCGAGGUCUAUUUAUUAUUAACCAUCUUGUAGCUUUGCGCUUUACAGCGCAAGCAGAGAGUGAACAACGAGCCUGUUGGAGCAGCAUGCCACUAAUUCGUUUGGUAUUUGCACCCUCAUCGACGAAAGGGGAGCCACAGGAGUUGCACGUGGAAUUAGGGGCAGAUCCACCGUCUGGCGAAGUGGUCUCCGAGGCGUACCGUGAUUUUGUUAGUGGAGUGGUACGUGCUGCGAAUAAAACGGCUGUGUCAAAAUGGAUAAAAAAACAGCAGCAGCAUCAGCGCAACAGCAUGACGCCGGGUCCGCUGGUGCGCAUUUGGCACCUUUUCGCAGCAGCUGCCGCGGUUGUUGUAAGCGACGAUAGGCACUACAAGAACAUUUUCAUGUUGUUUCCAUCACUUCCUGAUUUUACCGAUGGAAUGAUACCGCAACAGCAGCAGAAAGAACCACAGCAGCAGCAGCAGCAGCAAAGACGGCUAUUGAGUUGUAUCGGACAACUGUUCGCCGCAGACGCGCAGCUGUCGGAAACAGCGUUGCGGACGGGAAAUCUUCCAGGCACGCUGACAAUUUCAUCGCUGUCGCUGGGGGUGGAGGCGCUGCUGCUGUGCCAUGUUGUGACAACUACACAGGAGGCAUGCGAACGUCUCAUACGAACGGGGUCGCCAGUGUUAGCGGAUAGUGAAAAAAAUACCGACCCACAGCGCGCUGUCGUGGACGCUGCGCGGGGACGCGAGAGCGAGCAGUCUGCGUAUUACUGCCCUGAUCUCGUUCUCAUGAUACAGGAGAUGCGGCUGGCCCUUCACCUCCCGCAGAGGUCGUUCCCAACGCUGGAGUUCUUCCAGAGGGCGACUCAUGACGUCCCCAAGCGGGUGCAGGAACUUGCGGUUGGGCUCCACGGUGAUGUGCCUGUUUACACUCGUGUCGUGGCACACUGGGGCCCGAACCUGCGUGUGGAGGUGGAGAGUGGUUCGAAGAGCGCGGGGGAAGAUGGUGGUGUCUUCCGCUUUGACAUGCAGCAGUCAUAUCACGACGAGGAGAAACAACCGCCGCCUCAUUUUGAAGGACCACUGAGGCUUCUUCUGUCAGUUGUGCGCAGCAUGUACAAGCGUGUCUUUCCACACCGCACAACAGUGCCGGUCAUUGCGCUCAACUCCCCCACACGACGCCGUGCGAUUGACUUUCUGAUGUACUCGUGGUUUAUGGCCCCGUCACAGGUGCGGUGCUUCGAGAUCAGUACACGCGCUGCGCGAUUGACGGCGGCUACCAGUGCAGUUUCACAGAACCACCUGGAUGCUGCAGAGAGUGCAUUGUCGCACUACAUCGAUAACCACAUCAUACGUGCAAUGCUCUUCUACGACUUUUGCGGGCAGAGGGUGCUGUUCGCAGAGACGCACGCCCCAACAUUAGGGGAGGCCGUCAGGCGUGUAAACGAGCUCGCGGUGUCCCUCAACAUUCCCACACAGGACCAUUUUCCGCCGCGUCCCGAGUUGCAGCGCAGCUCUCGCUGCUUAAGUGCAUCGCCCGGCGGUGCUGAUUCAGAACUGUCUGUCUUGCUGGAUGCUCUGGUGGGCGUGACGCAUGCACAGGCCAAGGUAUACUUUGUGCAGACGAACGAUCCCACGUCGCCCUGUGUGGAGGGAGCCGUGGAGGUGCGGGUGCCAUUCCGCCAGAUACGCUGCGCCGCUGCCGUAACCAAGGCGCGUGGUGUGAUUCCGGCUCUUGCUGUCGCAUGUGGUGAGGCGUUACGGCACGCUGGCCGUACGGAAGAAGAGGUUGCAGUGACGUUACAAACCGCCGUGAACGCCGCGCCGUUGCUGCCGCGUGAUGAUUUCCCACAUUUUUCAGCCCGUUUCUACACCCCAGCCAACCUGCUGGGCGAGGUGCUGCAGGGCGUGGCUGCAAAGUACUACUGCGAGUACACUGUGGAUGCACGCAGCCGUGAGGUUGUCUGCCUGCUGUACGUGGCGGCGCUGGCGAAGUACGAAAACGCCGCACUGGGCGCGGCGCAGUUUCCACUUGGUGUUGGCCGUGGCAGAAAUAAGAGGACGGCAUGGGCCGCCGCGGCCCUGCAGGCGCUGCGCGCCAACUUCCCUGAUGUUCUUUUACAGAUGGAGCGGCACAAAGCCCUUUGCGCUCUGCUGCACCGCCCCGAUGACUUGGCACGGCUCGGCUGCCACACCGGCUUCACACUCACUGUGACGCCAAACGAGGGCGCUAGUAGCGGGUACUGCUGCACUGUGACGCCGCGACAGGCGAGACAAGCAGCGGAGAAUCCUGCAGAGAAACCGACAGGUCUCCUCGUGCAUCAUGCAAACCGCGGCGUGGACGCCUACAUCCAUGCCGCUGAUGCGCUCCUGGACCGCAUGCGGCGAUGUCGCGAGGAGAAGGGCGGCGAAGAUGGCGGCUUUGCUUUGUGGGACAGCACCACAAACUACGGAAAAAGUCUGUGGCACGCGUGCUGUGGUGCACUAGGCGCUGCGUGGGGUGGAAAAGUCUGUCUGCGCUUUGAGGGUGGACGCGAGGUUGCGGUGGAGCAGGAGAGUGAGCUGCCGAUGCGGGUGCGACUUUUCGCCCGCACGUGGGUGUCCUCGGAGAAUCGCACAGUGGAAACAGUGCUCCUUGCACUAGAGAAUCAACGCAUCAUGGAUUACAGCGGCCUCAUUGGCUCGCACGAUGAAGGCAGACCGUCUGCAGAGCAGAUUCUAUUUGCAUCGACGCGGCUCCUAGCGGAGGCCAUUGAGAAGUACACAGAUGAACACACAAGACGGGAGCUGCAACAGCUCCUCAGGCUGCUGCAGCAGCUAAAGGAGGAGGGGCUACACUGCUCGCGCCUUAACGCUAAGCGCCGUGUGGAGUCAUGCAUUGAGUUGACUCUCGGCUGCCAAUGCCGUGUUGUCACUCAGCAUGCUGCUGCUGCUGUUGGCAGGGUAACAGCGCAGGCAGGUGUUUGGCUCCCGGGACAGUCUAGAGAAACGCGUGUUCCGAUUGUGAUAGCGUGCUUCAACGCUGACACGACGGAGUCAGCUCUCUUGGGCCUCGAGCACAACGUGCAUCGGAUUGUAGAUUCGCUGUGGGCUACAAUUCUGCAGGUGCCUGGCCGGUGA